AUGAUAAACUGGCUUCGCCAGGCUGGUCACGGACAUUUGAUUGGCGAACAAAAUAAUAAUGCAAAUAAUGCACCCUCUUCAUCAGCAGCACCUCCACUUAAUCCUACACUUGGACAAUCAACGUCUUCACUAAAUCAUCUUCCUCAAUCUUCACCAUCUUCUCCACCGCCUAUUUUUGGUGGAGGUUAUAAUACUACUGGCUCUCAAAUGAAUGCUAUCAAUCGAUCAGCAUCAUUUCCUCCAAUAGAUCAUCCUCCACCAACAACUUAUGGUGGAAUUGGAAAUUCAUCAUCACCACCUAUAAUAUCUCCACCGAAUCAUUUUAAUCCUUCAUCAUUCGAUCAUCGAUCAAGUCCUCUACCUUUUUCUUCAUCUCCUAAUCAAUUCCUUGGAAAUAAUAUGAAUCAGCAACAACUUGAUAUUGAUAUUGAAAAUAUGAAACGUGAUCCAAAUACGAGAGUAGUUCAACGUCCACCUCAAGAAGAUGUUGUUUAUAAACAACGAGUUUUUGUAAGAUAUUUACAACCACCAACACCACCCGUAGGUGGAACUAUUAUUGUUCGAGAAAAACAACCACCUGGACCACCACCUGAUCCACCUAUUGUUAUCAAACGUGCACCACCUCCGCCUCCAACUCCACCACCAGUUGUUAUUCGCGAGCGUCCACCACCACUUCCACCGGCUGAAGGUACAACUGUAAUUGAUAAAAUAGUUGCACCUGGACCAAAACCACCACGUCAAGUUGUUAUCGAGCAAUAUCCACCAUUACCACCUAAACCUCAAGAUGUUAUUAUUGAACGAUGGCUUCCAAUUCCACCACGACAACGACGUAUUCUGUAUGAACGUUUACCUUCUUCAGUUCAACAAAGUGCACGACCUAUUAUUGUUCAAUAUGGUCCACCUCAUGUUCGUGUUCAACGUGAAGUUAUAACAGCACCUGGUACUCAACUUCCUUUUCAACAAAUAUCUACUGGUACAAAUUUCAAUCCAAUUUUAAAUAAUAUUACUAAUAAUCAACAAAUUCAAACCUCAGUAAAUAUAAGAUCUAAUUUAAUGUGA